AUGUCAUCCAUCAUCAUUCCUUUUCGCUUCCAACUUUUACCACCUUAUCCGGGCUGCGGUUCACCUGUUGGUGGUGGCAUAUCUAAAUUUCGUGGUUGGUGGUCAGCAGAAGAAGGUAAAACGAUGGGAAGACAACCGUGCUGUGACAAACUGGGGGUGAAGAAAGGGCCGUGGACGACGGAGGAAGACAAGAAACUCGUCAACUUUAUCCUUACUAACGGCCAAUGUUGCUGGCGUGCGGUCCCUAAGCUUGCUGGACUCCGACGUUGUGGCAAAAGUUGCCGGCUCCGGUGGACCAACUAUCUCCGACCAGACUUGAAGCGUGGCCUGCUCAAUGAAUCAGAGGAACAGCUCGUUAUUGACCUCCAUGCUCGUCUCGGCAACCGGUGGUCAAAAAUAGCUGCACGGAUGCCUGGACGAACAGACAAUGAAAUCAAGAAUCACUGGAACACACAUAUCAAGAAAAAGCUCUUAAAAAUGGGAAUUGACCCGGUGACUCAUGAACCCCUUCAAAAGGAAAAUGAACCGAUCAAGACAUCAUCAUCUUCCACUGAAAAACGUUUGCUAGAAUCUAAAGAUCACCAUUCAUCACCUCUUGGAAGUGCCAAUAGUACCCAUGUAAGCUCAGAGGAGAACUCAAGUUCCACAUCAUCUGAAAAUUCCCUAACCAUCAAUGAUCAUGAGACUGAAACUUUGUUUGAAAGCCUCUGUGAAGAUCAAAUGUUGUUAAGUCACCUGUUAAGUGAAAAUGAACCUUCGUUCAUGGACACAUCAGCUUGGGAGUUACCAAACAAUGGGCCAAGCUUCAACAACAACGACCAUGCUAAUGCAUUCACCUCGUGGGAUGAUUGUGCUACAUGGCUAUUGGAUUGUCAGGAUUUUGGCGUUCAUGAUUUUGGUCUGGAUUCUUUCAACGAUGUUGAAAUUGGCAUCUUAAACACGGGAAACAAGUAGCAAGAAUUAUAAUUGCAAAUCUUCGUUUAAAGGAGAAGACUUGUGUUGUUUUAAUGGCUUACAAGUCCAAAGACUUCAUAUAACAACAACAUUCUAAUCCUAAGAACCACAGAAAUUACAGGAAUUAGGGAAAAGAUGGAAAAGGGUAAAAGAAAGCCCUUAGCCGUCAUACAUAUAUCACAUGUUACUAAGUAUCGUGUGUAGUAAUUUUAGGUUUAUCAAUGUUUUCUUUUUAUAAAAAAUAUAUAGAACGUUGUAUAUGCAUGUCCAAAGGAAUGGAGAUGGCUAGAUGGAAAAUAUAUUCUUCAGAUGAACAUAAAUGUCAACUUUCAAGAAGUUAGAGGGGCCUUUCGUAAAUAUGGAAUGCGG